AUGAAUGAUGCAGGGCUUGGAUUGCCGGUCAAUAGCGGUGGGGAUGCAUCUAACGAUAUGCCAACUCUUAGUUUUAGCCAAGGAAACUACAAUUCGAACAUGAAAAACGGUAGCGGCCACCCGCCAAUGGGCGCAUCUGGAGGAUUGAACGCUCAGCAACAGCAUCAAUUACUGCUUCAACAGCAGCAACAGCAGCAGCGUCUGUUAAUGCAACAAAAACUGCGGCAACAGCAACAGCAGCAGCAGCAGCAGCAGCAACAGCAGCAAGCCAUGCAAAACUACGAAAGCCAAUUUUACCAGUUUCUCAUGACUGUCAAUAAGAAGCCCAAGCGCUUGUAUAACUUCUCGGAAGAACCAGAUGCGAUUUUAAAGAAAUACGAGCAAUUCCGGCCUAGCUUCGAGUUCCACAUUUACGAAAACAACUAUAAAAUAUGCGCUCCGGCCAACACCAGACUUCAACAGCAGCAGAAAACACCCCAGGCAACUAGUGACGGGUUGAUUCUUAAUAAGAACAACGAGACGCUUAAAGAAUUUUUAGAGUAUGUGGCACGCGGCUGCAUUCCCGAAGCCAUAAUGGAAGUUCUGAAGGACUGCAAUAUUCAGUUUUACGAGGGAAAUUUGAUCUUGCAAGUUUAUGACCAUACAAAUACUGUAGACGUCAAACAGGCACAGAAAAAUGGCCCUGACCUGUCUUCGGCAAACGCUUCGGCGGUUAAAAAUCCGGCCACUCCUAACACUACCGGCGCUGCGACUAAUUCUGCAAGCCAGGGCUCCGAGCAAGAGUCACAGGGUAAUUCUUCUGACCAGCAGACCUCAAACUCAGCCGAAAGACCGCCAACAUCUGACGCUCCGAAAACUAGUUCUGGCACUGAACCCGUGGAUUCUGCCGGAGACUCUAAAGAUCCUGAGGACACGAAAGCCAACAAAGACGUUGUUGCUACUCUCAAACGUCCCAGAGUUUACCGUACGUUGCUGCGACCUAACAGCUUAACCCAUUAUUACGAUAUGCUAUCGUACGCAGAUCAUACACGAUUCUCAGAUAACAUAUAUCAACAACUUGAAUCCGAAAUUCUCACUUUAACCAAGCGUAACUUAAAGCUUGAUGUACCGCUCAAUCCUUUUGAACACCGAGAUAAGUUAGACGAUUCCGAGUUCCUUCCUUCCGAUACGACGCUACAUCGUGAGAUCUCUUCUCGAAAGGGUACGAAAGGACAAGUAGGUCACAUCGAUCUGCAUGAAGAGUCGCCUCAACAUAGUUCGAGUUAUGAGCAAAUGAUGUUGAUUAUGAGUGAACGGACUACUACGACAACGAUGUCCACAAUUGCAGCGUCUCUUGCAAAAAGCGCAGCUGAUUUGACAAGCAGCUCUUUAAAGAGUGGCGGUGGGAAAGGAUCAUCGAAUGUCUCUGGCACCCCUGGAAGAAGUAGUGGAAGUAAUUCUGUCGCAGCUGCUGCCGUAGCUGCUGCUGCUGCCGUAGGUUCAAGCAGUAAUGAUAACAAUCAAUUCAGCCGGUUGAAAUUUGUCGAACAAUGGCGUUCCAACAAAGAAAAACGAAAACAGCAGGCAAUGAACGCUAAUAUGACGCCGGCAAGCUAUAACCAACGAAUUUCUAUGUCAGCUCCUUUGACCGCCCAACAAAUAAAGCAGCAGCAGUUAUUGCAGCAACAACAACAGCAGCAACAGUCUUCAGAACAACAAAGGGGAGGUAACAAAAGAGCGGGCGAUGACGACAAGAGUAAGCCAACAAAAAAACAGCGAAAGACAGCGAAGAAGGCUACGCCAGCAGCAGCAGCUGAUGCGUCUAAAAAGAAGAAAACGACAAAGGGUAAAAAGUAG